UCCUCCACUCUAUUCCCCAGCUCCACGUCUCCACCCCCUUAUAAAUGCCAUCCUCCUCCUCUCUUGUGCCUCCAAAGGGUCAAGUCUCCCAACGAAACCCAGCGGCAGCAAAGAAGCAAGCAGUUAGCAAGCUCAACCAUGGAGACCAAGUCCUCCUUCCUCACCCUCUUCACCCUCCUCCUCCUUCUCGCCGCCCCCUCCCUCGCCGCCGAUCCCGACAUGCUCCAAGACCUCUGCGUCGCCGACCACAACUCCGCCAUGAAGGUGAACGGAUUCGAAUGCAAGGCGAACGUGACCGAGGAUGACUUCUUCUUCGACGGAUUAGCCUCCGCCGGCGCCACCAACAACACCAUGGGAUCCCUUGUGACGGGGGCCAACGUGGAGAAGAUCCCGGGACUCAACACCCUGGGCGUCUCCAUGUCCCGCAUCGACUUCGCCCCCGACGGGCUGAACCCUCCCCACACCCACCCCCGCGCCACCGAGAUGCUCUUCGUCCUCGACGGCACCCUCGACGUCGGCUUCAUCACCACCGCCAACAAGCUCAUCAGCAAGACCAUCACCAAGGGCGACGUCUUCGUCUUCCCUCGCGGCCUCGUCCACUUCCAGAAGAACAACGGCGCCGAUGCCCCCGCCGCUGUCAUCUCUGCCUUCAGCAGCCAGCUCCCGGGCACCCAGUCCAUCGCCGCCACCUUGUUCGCCGCCUCGCCGCCGGUGCCCGACCACGUCCUCACCACGGCCUUCCAGGUUGGCACCAAGGAGGUGAAGAAGAUCGAGUCCCGCCUCGCCCCCAAGAACAAGUGAGCGAGGGAAAGAUUGCUCUCAUUAUUGCUUUAUGUUUGAUCUUUGGUUUCUGAGAGGAGAGCUGGGGAGAGAAAGGGGCGUUGGAGGUGUAUAUGGUAAUUAAGUAUAAUAAUUUGAUAGCAAGAGGCAAUAUACCGUUUGUUCAUUCUUCAUUCAAUCAUUUCGUAAAAAAAAAUUGUUUCUUUA